UCGAUUUCUCAUCACCACUGCUUUGUUUUGUUCGUCAAAAUCAAUUUUAAAUUUUCUUAAGAAUCUACAAAACUCUUUUUUCUCGAUAAUUAUCUCUCUGCACCGAUUUGUCGAAGCGAUCAUGGCUGCUCAAACGGAUCUUAAUCAGCCCAAACUCGAUAUGACCAAGGAGGAGAAAGAGAGGUUGAAGUAUUUGCAGUUCGUGCAAGGUGCUGCUGUUGAAGCUCUGCUUCGUUUUGCUCUCAUUUACGCAAAGGCAAAGGACAAAUCUGGUCCUUUGAAACCUGGUGUUGAAUCCGUUGAAGGGGCUGUCAAGACUGUGGUCGGUCCUGUCUACGAGAAAUACCAUGACGUCCCUGUUGAGGUCCUUAAAUACAUGGACCAGAAGGUUGACUUGUCUGUGACUGAGCUUGAUCGCCGUGUCCCACCAGUCGUCAAACAGGUAUCUGCCCAGGCCAUAUCAGCUGCUCAGAUAGCACCCAUUGUGGCCCGUGCCUUGGCCUCCGAGGUUCGACGUGCUGGUGUUGUCGAAACCGCUUCUGGAAUGGCUAAAUCCGUCUACUCCAAGUAUGAACCUGCAGCUAAGGAGUUGUAUGCAAACUACGAGCCAAAAGCAGAGCAAUGUGCCGUUUCAGCUUGGAAGAAGCUGAACCAGCUUCCUCUAUUCCCAAGGCUGGCUCAAGUUGCUGUACCAACAGCUGCUUUCUGCUCUGAGAAGUACAAUGAUACCGUGGUUAAGGCUGCAGAGAAAGGGUACAGAGUUACAUCGUACAUGCCGUUGGUUCCAACAGAGAGGAUCUCAAAAAUCUUUGCCGAGGAGAAAGCUGAGACCGAGGCUUUGGAGUUCCAUCCACUUGAUUGAUUUGGUUAGCCAUUGGUUGCCGGUUCUGGUUCUUUUGUUUCAUCGUUCAUGAACUUCCGUUGUUUCUUUUAUUAAUAAUAUAAAAGUUGUAUAAUCUAAGUUGGGAUUCUUUUGAUUGUAUAAAAGAUUACUUGUUUGAGGUUGAAUUA